GGCACUGAGGCACAGCUCACUGACACACACAUACCGACAUACAGGCUCUUCCCUGCGGACAGAGUCGACAUAGCAGCCGCUACAGCUCCAGCCUCCAGAGCAGAGGCCGCUGGAUGAAGGAAGGAAGGAGCGGGCGCUGGAGGUGAAGCGCCCCGCUGCUGCUCUGCUCACUGCGGGCUGAACACGGAGGGAUGGAUUUAAGCAGAUGACUGAGUGUUUGAGAGAUGCUGCAAGAGAAGGCUUCAGCUGUGACGGAUGAAUGUAUGAGCCGGGUUCAGACCAGCGUGGAGACGGAUCAACUCCCAGACCGGCCACCACUGGGCCCGUCCUCAGCCUCCGCCAUUCCCAGCUCCAAUGAGCCUGAGCAGAAGAUCGAGAGCAUCAAGGUCGUCCUUCACGAGAGGGAGCUGUGGAAGAAGUUCCACGAGGCCGGCACAGAGAUGAUCAUUACUAAAGCAGGCAGGAGGAUGUUUCCAAGCUACAAGGUUAAAGUGAGUGGGAUGAACCCCAAAACCAAGUACAUCCUACUCAGUGACAUCGUCCCUGCUGACGACCACCGCUACAAGUUCUGUGACAAUAAAUGGAUGGUGGCUGGAAAGGCAGAACCAGCGAUGCCGGGGAGACUCUACGUUCACCCAGACUCGCCUGCCACAGGAGCUCACUGGAUGAGGCAGCUGGUGUCAUUUCAGAAACUCAAGCUUACAAACAACCACCUGGACCCUUUUGGACAUAUCAUCCUGAACUCGAUGCACAAGUACCAGCCCAGACUACACAUAGUCAAAGCCGACGAGAACAACGCCUUUGGAUCCAAGAACACUGCCUACUGUACUCAUGUCUUUCAUGAGACAGCCUUCAUCUCUGUAACCUCUUAUCAAAACCACAAGAUAACACAGCUGAAAAUAGAAAACAAUCCAUUUGCCAAGGGAUUCCGUGGUAGUGAAGAGGGAGAUCUGCGCGUUUCAAGACUACAAGGGAAAGAGUUUCCGGUGAUUUCAAAGAACAUGGUUCGUCAGAGGCUCAUCUCCUCACACAGUCACCUUGCAGGGAAACUCGGAGCGGGAGUUCUGACGGGACAUCCUCAAGUCCUGUCCUCGUAUCAGUACGAUGCCGGGGUUCCCAUGUCAAAUGCAGACGCCCAGGAUUCCAUCGCAAACCACUUCACUCAGAGCAGAGAUCCCGGCCUUCUGUACCACUGCUUCAAACACAGAGAUAAUGCCCGACACCUGGAGCUUGGCUGUAAGCGGCCGUAUCUGGACUCGUCAUCUGUGGGUUCAGAGGAGCAUUAUUUUCGUCCAACACCUUCUUACGAGUCGUCCCUGCUGUCCCGUCCAUACUGCGCAGAGGCGAUCGCCUCUCGAGAGGCUUGUAUGUACGGCAGUAUGGACGCAGAGUCUGGAUCUGGUGCAGUAGACUCUGACGACUUGGCCAACUCCCCUUCAGUAAAUUGCAACAUGUGGGCUACGAUGCAGCCCUACCCUCGCUACAGCGUGGAGGGCGUUCCGUACCAGCCCUUCACGGCUCACUUCACCAACGCUGCCGCAGUCACACCGAUGGUGCCACACCACACCUCGUCCAUGGUGUCGAGGCCGCAGGCUGACUUGGGGGUCUACAACUCCUCGUCAGUGCAGCUGCCCAUCAUCCCUCCAUCCUCCUCCUCUUCUUCUUGUUCUCCAGCUGUUCCGGGUUCCAGAGAGAGAUCAGGCCAUCCGUCUCUGUACCACAAGAAGCCAGGCUCACCUCUCCGACCUCACAGAGAUUUCUCAGCCUAUCCUACUCAAGGUACCAUAUCCAUCCGGGAUCCGUCCUACCAGUACCAAGUGGGGCUGAGCAGUGCAGGGACUCACUGGACUGAGAGCUAACAUGGACCACUAGAAAAACCAUUUUUGUCCAACGUACAAGUCUGAAAUGAUUCAAGGUUUCUGCUCCACUGCAGCCUGUCGAUGCCAAUAAGCAAUGGUGGCCACAGCUAUGAAUGAACUCUCAAGCAACUGCAGUAAUAUGUGCAAGGCAGUGGCUGACAUCCACUUAUAGAUAUGUAGCAUUAUGUGUCACAUACAGUAAAGUUGUUUCUUCAUACUGAGAUGCAAAGCAUAGGUAUGAUCAGUCCUUCAAUUAUGACAAAGGGAGCAUUAAUCUUGUUAACAACUUAUUAUUGUUUUCAAAACAAACAUAAAAACAGAUAUGGGGGAAAUUAGCUAUUCUUUUUUAUACAGGGCUUUUAUAUGUUUUGAUUUACAGGUUAGUCUUCCAAGGACAACAGAGCAGUGAAGGUUAAUGGCUUCAUGUAGAGCUCUACUGAAAUAAAAUGAGUUCUAAGGAUGAGGCUGACGUUAUUACCUCUGCCAUGGAGGUUAAAUCUGAGCUGCGUUUGUGUCUGAUUGUGAGUAAAAUAACUUCAAAAGUAAAGAACUGAUUUUGAUGAAAUCUUCUGGAGAUGUAGACCCAGUGGAAAUCUGGACAUGGCUCACGUGUACUGAAACUGUGGGGAAGUGAGUGGCGAUGGCGGAGGUGUGUGCUCUCUGAGUGCUUUAUGUUUCGUGUUGUCAACAGAAACGAAAACACCGGCCCUCUCUCAACACUUUCUCACUUUCCUUCUGUAUUUGUGGCUUUUGCCUUCAUGACCAGAGGCUGAAAAUGUCAUUCACAUUCACAAACACUAGUUCAAUUUUAGAAAAAUCCCCACAGAGCCAGGAAUUGUAGUUUACAGGACAUUUUACUCAAAUAAAUAGGUAUAUUUUUUUAAGCUCUAGUUCAACCUGAGGAACAACAUAUAUCACACACACCCUUUUGAUCAUGGCAGCCUACUUAAGUUGUCAGAGCACUGACCACACUUAAGCUGCCUGCUUGCUGCCACACUACACCACACUAGCAUUUCAAAAGCCUUAACUUCUUAUAGGCCAGACUCUGAGUCUAUAUUCCCGCUGGGUGUAGAUUAUCAUUAUUAUUAUUAUUAUUAUUUUUACUUCCUUCUCACUAUUACGCAACGCUUAGUGCUGCAGUGUGUGGAGUGACAGGAUUGAUGCGUAAAUGGCAAAUAUCAACAAUGUAGUAUAGUAUUUUUACUUCCAUAUAGUUAUUCCAGGUGGGUUCAAUCCAUCAUAAUUUAUAAGUAUAGCCCAAGUAGAGUAUUUCUAGCACCACAGCUUCAGCUCACCGAACCCUCAGAAAACAAGUGCUACGGAUGAAUGGAUGAUACAGUUUAUGUGAAAUGAGUUGCAUGAAAUUACAGUGGUUGUGUUUAUGAUGAGGACGUGACCUGAAAGUCUGGGCAGCAGUGGAGAUGAUUGACCUGAAGUGUCAUCUGAUUGUUGGUCUCUGUCCAUUUCACUAGAUUAUGUGACAAUAACAAAAAUUCAGUCCCUAAGAGCCAAUGUACAACAUUUAUAACAUUAACAAUCCUGAUUCUACUCAUGUGCCAAAAUUAAACGUUUAUAAUUAUAUAACGAUGUUUCAAGUAAAGAGGAGUGAGUUUAAAAGGAGCUCAAUAAAAGCAGCCAGGAUGAGGUGUCAGUGUACUGGUCUGUUCACAUGCAGCAUCUUCUGAGAGCAUUAAGUAAUGAACCAGGUUCGCCACACACAUCCCGUGUGAUGCGUUUGUUUUUCUGUGCACAUCUGCGGCACACCGAGUUGAAAAUAUUUCACUCUUUUGGAAUGCAGCAUCUUUUGAUCCUCGGUCCAAAGAAGUAGGUCAAACUGGUUUUAGUUCACGCUGAAAUAAUCUUUGAGCCUCCGUCAUCCAGAAGACACUCCCGAAUCAGGUGGUGAUGAAGAGGAUGCACACGGAAUCAAGUUAAAGUCUUUCUCUUUUUCGUAUCUUUCUCUUAUCAAAGCAUCGCUGGUAAUCCCAAAUUUGUUUUUUUCUAGUUUUUAAUGCAUUCAUUAAUUCAGUAACGCUGCAGCAACUCCAGUCCUCUCAGAAGUGCAUCAGCAUGUUUCAAGCAUUUUUAGACACUGCUGCCUGUGAACAGCUCUGUACACACUUACUCUGUAGAUCUAUGCUAGUUGUGCAUGUGGUAGGUUGUCAAAGCUUGGCUCCAAACAAUAUUCUAAAGAGAACAGCAGUGGACUCAGAGGCAGAACCAGAUGGGAGCUUAAAACAA